AAACACAAAUUCAAUUAAAAUCAUAACUAUUUUCCAAGGGUAUUUUUGGUAUAACAAUAAAUUCUUCUCACUAUAAAACCAAACAACGAGUCACCAAACAACGAGUCCCUGAAAACCACUCAAGAACUCAGGUACCAUUUCCUCCUCCAUGGACUCUCUUCCUCAACCGCAGAACCAGUCAUCUCCGGCGAAAAUUCUCCUCGGAAAAUACGAGCUAGGCCGCCGUCUCGGCAGCGGAAGCUUCGCGAAAGUCCAUUUAGGUCGUUCCAUCGAAACCCACGAGCUUGUCGCCAUCAAAAUCAUCGAUAAGAAGAGAACCAUCGAGUCCAACAUGGAGCCAAGGAUCAUCCGUGAGAUAGACGCGAUGCGUCGUCUCCGCGACCAUCCCAACAUCCUCAAGAUCCACGAGGUCAUGGCGACCAAAUCCAAAAUCUACAUCGUCAUGGAACUCGCCGUCGGCGGCGAGCUUUUCUUCAAACUCCUCCACCGCGGCCGUCUUCCCGAAUCCGCCGCUCGUCGUUACUUCCAGCAGCUCGCCUCAGCGCUUCAGUUCUCCCACCUCCACGGCGUCGCUCACCGCGACGUGAAGCCGCAGAAUCUCCUCCUCGACAAGGAAGGGAACCUAAAGGUCUCGGACUUCGGUUUAUCCGCUUUGCCGGAGCAUCUUCGAGACGGAUUGCUCCACACGGCGUGCGGUACGCCGGCUUACACGGCUCCGGAGAUUAUAUCGCGGCGAGGAUACGACGGAGCGAAGGCUGAUGCGUGGUCUUGUGGAGUGAUACUGUACGUUCUUCUCGUCGGAUACGUUCCUUUCGACGAUUCCAACAUUGCUUCAAUGUAUCGGAAGAUUCAACGGAGAGAGUAUCGUUUCCCGAGCUGGAUCUCGAAGCAAGCGAGAUCGAUUAUACAUCAGAUGCUUGAUCCGAAUCCUGAGACGAGGAUGAGUCUAGAGGCGGUUAUGAAUACAACCUGGUUCAAGAAAUCGUUAACCGGUUCUGAAUUGGAUUGUAACGUCCUCGAACCGGAACCGGAACCGGUUAUUGAGAAAUCGAGUUCGAUCACGGCCUUUGAUCUUAUCUCGCUUUCGUCGGGGCUAGAUCUCUCCGGAUUGUUUGAGGUUAAGAGAAAGAGAGAGAGGAGGUUCACGGCGAAAGUCUCCGCCGUGGAAGUGGAGGAGAAAGCGAAGGCGAUUGGGGAGAAGUUAGGUUAUGUAGUGAAGAAGACGAAGAAAGGAGGUGAAGCGAAGGUAGUUGGAUUAGGAAGAGGAAGAAUGGAGAUAGUUGUGGAGGCGGUGGAGUUAGCGGUGGAUAUUGUGGUGGUUGAAGUGAAAGUUGUUGAAGGAGAAGAAGAAGAAGACUCACAGUGGUCCGAUUUGAUAACAGAGCUUGGAGAUAUAGUUCUCUCACGGCACACUGACGUCAUGUAAAUACUUUAUGACGUGUUAGCUCUUUUAUUUUUUUGUUCAAUCUUGUAUAGUUAUGCAACAAAAUUGUAUUGUGGACUUCUUCGUUUACAUGUCUCAGCAUCCUGCGAUUAAUACACCUAUCAGCAGCGAUGUGAACAACUAUAUAAUGGUAAAUGGCAGCUAUCACUUGUUGCGACUAUUUGUUUAA